ACCUCUCCGAUUAUAUUUUCUGGAGAACAGAUUUCGAAACUCCAUAUAUUCAUGCAUCGACUGAUUCGCACUCCGCUCGCUUUCCUCAACUCGUCCGAGUCAACCCGUCUCCUCUCACUCGCCGCCCCGCCUCUGCGUCGAUUCUCCCACCUCAGAUCUCUCGCCGUCGUUUCUCUCCUCCCUAAACCCCCCUCGACGCAACCCCUACGCCAUUCCCGACCGCCGUUGUGCGCCGACGCGAUGGACUCUAAUCCCUUGUCGGCUUCCGCUAUCGAGGAUUUUGUUCACGUGGAUGGAGCUGGAGCUGGAGCUGGAGCUGGAGCCGGAGCGGUAGCGGACUCCAAUUUUGAGCCCGAAGGUUCCGAGGAGAGUGUCGUGGCGGAUACCGCCGUCGAGGAAGCCACGAGUGGGGAAGUUGAGUCACAAGGCUAUGUGAGGAAGGUGUUGCCGGAGGAGCUGUCGAAGAGUGUGGUUAUGCUCAAUUGCGACUCGUCUGCUGAAGGGGGUGCUUGCGAUGUGUACUUGCUCGGCACUGCUCAUGUGUCUGCGGAAUCCUGUGAAGAAGUCCGAGCUGCAAUCAAUUUCUUAAAACCACAGGUCGUCUUUUUGGAGUUAUGUUCAAGUCGUAUUGCUAUACUUACCCCUCAAAAUUUAAAGAUACCAACAACGGGAGAAAUGGUGGAAAUGUGGAAGAAAAAUCACAACUUAUUUGCAAUUCUUUAUAGCUGGUUUCUUGCAAAGGUUGCUAGUAAGCUUGAGGUUUUUCCUGGGGCUGAGUUCCGUGUUGCAUAUGAAGAAGCAAUGAAGUAUGGUGGCAAGGUGAUUCUUGGUGACCGCCCGGUCCAGGUGACACUGCGAAGGACGUGGGCAAGAAUGCCACUCUGGCACAAGACAAAAUUAGUUUACUCCUUAAUGUUUCAGGCAGUCUUUUUACCAAGUCCUGAGGAUCUCAACAGAAUGUUGAAAGAAAUGGAUGAUGUUGAUAUGCUGACUCUUGUUAUUCAAGAAAUGAGCAAACAGUUCCCCACUCUUAUGGAGACCCUAGUGCAUGAGCGAGAUCAGUAUAUGGCAUCAACACUGCUUAGGGUUGCACGGGAACAUAAUUCCGUCCUGGCUGUUGUUGGAAAAGGCCACGUACUUGGAAUGCAGAAGUACUGGCAGCAACCCAUUGAGGUGAAGGAACUGCUUAGCUUACCUGCCCAGAAACCUGCUGUAUCUGUGAAGAAAAUUUUGACGGCAGUUGGAGUGGCAGUUGCCGGGGCAGCCAUAGUGUCUGGCAUUUAUUUAUCGAGCAAGAAGUAAACAACAACUGCAUUAAUUUGACUUUGUACAGAAAGGAAGAGUUGUAGACACUUUCUCAAGUUGCUGCGACAUGGUACGUGAGUUUAGCCCUACCCCGUCAAAUUGUGAAAAAGAUUGUUCUUCCCAGUCCUGGAUCAUCUCAUCUUAUACCCUUUUUUUUUUUUUUGGUUUGCAUAAACCCAAACCAAAUAUUUAACUGUUUGAACAAGCAACAUAAAUAGCAAUCAUAGAUUCUUCAGGGUUUUGACAGAAAUAGAAACAUUUCAAUUUCAUGCCUCAUGGCCGAAAAUGGGUAAAACUACCCUCCCAAUUCUGUACGAGUUGGCUCUGGUUAGAAA